GGAGGCCCCGCCAUACCUGCGCCCGCGCCCUGCGAGAGGAAGCACCUCUCCCUCUGCAUGCGGAGUGCGGAACACGCCGCCUGCAAAAGCCUAGCUGCAAGGGAGGUGGAGUAUCAAAACGUCUGCGGGAACGAUCAGGUCGGAUCAGUCCCCCCACCCCUCGCAGCCCCACGUAGCAGGGGAUCCCAUUCCCGAGGAGCUCUAUGAGAUGCUGAGCGACCACUCGAUCCGCUCCUUCGAUGACCUCCAGCGUCUGCUACACGGAGGAGACUCCGUAGUUGAAGAUGGGGCUGAGCUGGACCUGAACAUGACACGGUCUCAUUCUGGAGGCGAGCCCGAGGGCUUAUCUCGUGGGAGGAGGAGCCUGGGUUCCCUGACGGCGGCCGAGCCAGCCAUGAUCGCAGAGUGCAAGACGCGCACAGAGGUGUUCGAGAUCUCCCGGCGCCUCAUAGACCGCAGCAACGCCAACUACCUGGUGUGGCCGCCCUGCGUGGAGGUGCAGCGCUGCUCCGGCUGCAGCCACAGCCACAGAGUGCAGUGCCGGCCCACCCAGGUGCAGCUGCGGCACGUCCAGGUGAGAAAGAUCGAGAUGGUGAGGAAGAAGCCAACCUUUAAGAAGACCACAGUGACACUGGAGGACCACCUGGGGUGCAGGUGUGAGACAGUGACCCAGGAGCAGCGAGCAGCCAAGACGCCCCAAACUCGGGUGACCAUUCGGACGAUUCGAGUCCGCCGGCCCCCCAAGGGGAAGCACCGGAAGUUCAAGCACACGCACGACAAGAAGGCACUGAAGGAGACCCUUGGCGCCUAGGGGCAUCGGCAGAAGAGUGUGGGCAGGGUUAUUUAAUAUGGUAUUUGCUGUAUUGCCCCCAUGGGGUCCUUGGAGUGAUAAUAUUGUUCCCCUCGUCCGUCUGUCUCGAUGCCUGAUUCGGACGGCCAAUGGUGCUUUUCCCACCCCUCCACGUGUCCGUCCACCUCGCCAUCAGUGGGUUCCCCCUCUGCGGCCUCCAGCGUCUUGCCCAGCAGCUCCAGAAGGAAACGAAGGACUGAACUCCACCGUUGUCUUCCUCAACCCUGAGGAUCUGGAAUAGAGUGCAAGAGAGACUAACGGGGGUGCCGUCGGGGAGAAAGGGGCUCGCAGCCCCCUGUGCCAGGCCAGGGCCCACCUGAGUGCUGAGGACUGACCCUGAGCUCUGUGCACGGCCCUGAGGACCUCGGCAUGGCCUGCCUGGUCCCUGCAACCCACUCCAAAGGGAGCACCUCCAGGCAGGCUAGGGCACCUCGCACGUCGGGGAGCACAGACUGGAGAAAACCCCUCUCCUCGUGCCCAGCCAGCCAGUCACCACCCCCAGUCACCUCUGCUCACGUGGCUCCUUUUCAUUUCAUAUGAAAUCUUUGAAGACGUGGCCUCCUCUGGGUGGGGUGGCCAGAGCACCAGGUGGCCAGGUGCCCUCAGGUGGGUUAGAGAUGGAGUUUGCUCUUGACCAGGACAUAGAUGGUGGCCUGGGCACCCCCUGCCUCCUCCCACCUCUGACCCGUAUUCCCAAUUCGAUCCAUUUCCUGCUGUCUUCUUUCAUCUCUACCUCCACCCUGCGGCUUCCUCUUGUCCUGGCCCAUCAGUCUGCUCUACCAAGCAGAGGGGAUCUUGCACCCCUUACCGAGGCCCAGAUGACCCCAGUCACUCCCUAGGGCAGAAGGCCAGGGGCCAGAGCAGCAGGAGACCUGCCCAUCGUAUUCCAACCUGGCCACGCCUGUGUAAGGUCAUGCCGGGUGUGCACUGCCUGAGGGUGCCAUAUGCAAGGAACGCAGGUCACACCAGAGAUACAGCCGAAUUCUGUGUUUACUAUGACAGUUCCUGGCAGAUGUGGGUAGCGUCUGAGAUGAAAAGGAGUCCCUUCCUAAUUCACACAAAGGCUCCAUGUGGCCUGUGUGUCCCUGCCUCGGCCUAUGGUUUGGAGUGGUCAUAAAGAAAGGAGCCCGUGGUGGGGGGCAGGGAGACAGCCCUGGUGUUGGUCAGUCCCCAGGUCCAGCAGGCCCCCAUCCAAGCCGGUGCGAGAACCCCAGGAAAGGGUCUUCAAUUGGGGGCAGCCCCCUCGCCCUGCCCCGCUCCCUGCUUGAACACUCCCCCAUCUUCGAUGCUUUCCGCGGAGCUCCCAGGGAACCCACUCACGGGCUGGGAGUGGGGGGAGAAGAGAAAGCCCUCGAGGGCCCCGUAGGCCGGGUCCGAGCUCUCCCUCCCUUCCCCCGCGCUGCACUGCCCUUUCCCCUCCCAAACCUGCUUCCUUCAGUUUGUAAAGUCGGUGAUUAUAUUUUUGGGGGCUUUACUUUUAUUUUUUAAAUGUAAAAUUUAUUUAUAUUCCGUAUUUAAAGUUGUAAAAAAAAAAAAUAACCACAAAACAAAACCGAAUGGCUCUGCCCGA